UAAUGCCAUAUCUUUCUAUUAAAAAGAGAUUGAAGAUUCAAUAUAAUAAUAAAAUAAGAACUGAAGAAUUAUUACUUUAUCGAUAUCAAUAUAUUAUUAAUAAGGAGGUUGAAUUUGAAGAUUUAGAAGAUAUUUUUGAUGGAAAUAUAUAUAAAGAUUUAUUAGAAAAAGAUUUAUUUAGUAUAUCUUAUUAG